AUGGCGAAAUCAGGAGAUACAAUAAUCGACCCAAGAAGUGGGUUCUGCAAAUCCAACUCCACAUUCUACAGCAAGCGCCCUCCCAUCCAGAUUCCCCACCACCACUCUCUAGAUUUAACCACUUUCAUCUCCUCCCUUCCUCACCAUGGAAAACUCGCAUUCAUCGACGCCGCCACCGGCCGCCAACUCACGUUCUCCCACUUCUGGGAAGCCGUUGACUCCCUCAGCUCCUGUCUUCACGACGACAUUGGCAUCCGAAAAGGUGACGUGGUUCUCAUCCUCUCCCCGAAUUCCAUCUUCUUCCCCGUCGUUUGCCUCUCCGUUAUCUCCCUCGGCGCCGUCAUCACCACCACCAACCCACUUAACACCUCCCCCGAAAUCUCCAAACAAGUAUCCGAAUCCAAACCCGUUCUCGCAUUCACCAACCGGAACCUCCUCCCCAAGCUCGCCGCCGCCGUCGAUGGCCUCCUCCAGGUCAUCCUGAUGGAUGACAAUUCAACGAUUUAUAAUACCAUUACUCAUCCUCCCAACUUGAGAAUCAUUGGCCACCUGAACGACAUGAUGAAGAAGCAACCCGGAGAAAUUCGGGUCAGAGACCGGGUGUCCCAAACCGACACCGCAUCUCUACUGUACUCGUCCGGGACUACCGGCGUUAGCAAAGGCGUGAUUUCAUCGCAUGCAAAUUUCAUAGCUUUUAUCCAGAUGAUGGAGGUGCGUUUGAGAUCGAAUCCUAAUGAGCAAGAGAUUUACGUGGCUACUGUUCCGAUGUUUCACAUCUACGGCAUGGAAGUUUUCGCCAUGGGCCUCCUGGCAUUGGGCUCGACGGUGGUGGUUUUAUCCAAAUUCGACCUGGACGAAAUGCUCCGGGCGGUGGAGAAAUACAGGGCAACGUAUUUGCCGCUGGUGCCGCCGAUUUUAAUCAGUCUGAUUAACAGGGCAGAUGAGAUACAGGGGAAGUACGAUCUCUCCAGCCUGAGGACCGUCCUCUGCGGCGGCGCUCCGCUGAGUAAGGAUGUGAUCGAGGGGUUCGUGGAGAAGUUUCCGGGAGUGACAAUCAUGCAGGGGUAUGCGAUGACAGAAUCAAACGGUGCCGGGGCGUCGACGGACACGAUGAAGGAGAGCAGAAAGUACGGCGCCGCCGGGCUUCUGUCUCCGAGCCUGGAGGCGAGGAUCGUCGACCCGGAAAGUAUGAAGGUGCUGACGGUGAAUCAAUCCGGAGAGCUCUGGCUUAGAGGGCCUACCAUCAUGAAAGGUUAUUUCAGAAAUGAAGAAGCAACUGCAUCAACUCUGAGUUCAGAUGGAUGGCUAAGAACAGGGGAUGUUUGCUACAUUGAUGAAGAUGGUUUCCUGUUUAUCGUGGAUAGGCUCAAGGAAAUCAUCAAAUACAAAGGCUAUCAGGUGAUUUUUUUUAAUCUUGGUUGA